CGAUCUCGGUCUCUAGCCUUAGGAUCCUCCUACCCUAGACAGAGUGUGCAAGUCUGCACUGCGAACUCGGGCGUCCUAGACUACCUGAGCUCUGAGACCUACCGACCUCUCAAUCGCGCGGGCCGCUCUAUGGUGAACUGCCCGGGCCUGGCUACGCUGGAGGCUAACCGAAAGUCGCUGACGGAAGAGCUCGUCGUUUCAACGAGCGCAGAAAGCAGGAGGCAUUUGAGCUGACGCAUUCAGCAACCUAGGAGCCGCUGCAAAAACUUUGGAGGUCAACGGGGCAUGCUUGAAUGAAAGCUUCCUGAUUGGUCGGAUUGGCUAAUAUCCUUCGAUGUGUUGAAAAUCAGGUGCACUAAAGAGAAAUAAAGAGAAAAGCAAUAUGGCGUCUCAAAAGAACAUCAAAAUAAAGACGGGGACUUUGAAGCGGGUGUUCAAAGAGGUGAAUUCCUAUGAGAAGGAGCUCCAGAUGGAAUUAGCUCGGACAGAGAAGAUGAAGGCAGAGGGGGCUGACUCUCACGACCUGAAGCAGCAGGAGAGUGUGCUGGGGGAGACACAAAUGAUGAUCCCAGAUGCAAAGAAGAGAUUGCAGAACGCGUUUCAGGAUCUACAGUCAGCGGUGGAGGAAGGAGAGGCAGAUGCAAGCUUGCAAGAAAGUGCCACUCGACGAGGGAGCUUCCAAGCUGUGUCAAGGCGCUCUGAUUGUUUUUCAAUGACAUUCAGUUUUAAUCUUCCCAACAAUCAUCUCAGGAUGGUGCGGGCGUCUGAUGAGGGCUUCUUCAAGAAUCUGAUUGACCAGAAGGAGAAGGAGAUUGUCAGUCUUUGGGAGCAGCGCAUCCAGAAGCUUGAGGAGAAGCUGCUGUCCAGGGAAGCUGAUCUGGAUGCAGUCACCGACAACUUCACACAGCUUCAGGAAGACUUCCAGUACAACUUGAGCCUCUUGGAAGCACGAGAUUUUGAGCUGGAGGCCUACGAUGCUUCUUUCUCCGGAUUGCAAGCAGCAGUGGUUGAUGGGGAAAGACUUCUCAAGGAGGCGCGCUCAGCCCUUGCAGAUGCUGAGGCUCAAUUGCAGGAGGAGCGGAGACGAGCCGAGGAGGAUGCGGCGCACUCCAGGCAGAAGGUGGUUGAGGCGCGGGAGCAGGUAGAACAAGCACAGUGGCACUGCGAGGAAGAGCUCCGUAAACAACGGCAGGCCUUUGAGGCCAUCAACGGCGACCUGAUGCGCCAGGUGGCAGAGGCCCAGGAGGCGCUGGACCUGCAGCGGCGAGAGCUGACGCGGCAGUACGAGGAGAACCUGCUGAAGCAGGAGACAGAAAGCCAGCUGUGCCUGGAUGAGACCACUGCGAAAACGUUUGGCGCCGAGCAGCAAUGCAAGAAACUGGAGCGGAAGUUGCGCAUGAUGGAAGAGGGGGUCGAGCAGCUACAGGACGAUAGCUCCAAGCUGCGCGCUACUCUGGAGGCCAAGGAGCGACAAGUCGAGGCCCUGUCGUGGGAGCUGGAGAAAGUGCGCGAGCUGCGAGAAACAGAGGGAGCGGAACUGCAGGCGCAGCUGAACGCUUCAUUGAAGCGCAACGAAGAGAUGGAGGAGGACUUCGGGGACAAGACGACGGAACUGGUGGCGGCGCUGAGCGCGGUGCAGCAGAUGAUGUCUCGACAGCAGCAGGAGCAUGCGGCCGAACUCGCGAGCAUCUCCCGCCGGUCGGAGGACGAGGCGGCGGCCCUGAAGGCGAAGGUGGCGGCGGCGGUGAAGCGGGCCCAAGAAGCGGAGGCGCACAAACUGGAGCAGGGGGAGAGCUAUAAGAAGCAGGUGCACGAGCUAGAGCUCAAGCUGGAGGAGCAAACGGCCGCCGCCCAGCGCAGCCUCGACGCAGCCCUUGCCGCAAGCGCCGACCAAGACCAUCGCUUGGAGCAAACGCGUCAGGAGUUGACCGACCAGCUGUGGCGCAAGGGCGCGGAACUAGAUGCGGCGCAAUCCAAGCUGGAUGCGGCGCAGCGGACGCUGGAGGAACGGCGGGCGGAUGUAGCGAACUACAAAGAGCAGCUGGUCGCCGGGGCGGCCAGGGAAAAGGAACUGCAGAGGCAGGUGGUCCAGGCGACGUUGAGAGGCGAGCAGGAUGCCGAGGAGAAGGAGCGCCGGGCCGUCGCCCGCAGCGAGGCUCUCAUUCUGAGCUUACAGCAGCAGCGCGACCACGCCAACGCCCUCCACAAGCAGGCCGAAGAGCGCGCGGCAGAACUGGCACACGAAUUGCAACGACUCGUCAAAACCCAUCAACAGCGGCCUCAAAGUCCCCCAAGCUUUGUACCUCCACGCCCGUCCACUGCCCCUACGCCAGGAGGUGCGUUUUCGGGAGCAAAAAGGCCACCCCCAAUUGCAGUCCCGCAUCGGGGGGGUGGCGCAAGCUCUUUGGGAUCCCCCCUGCCGGCGCCGUCGCCAAUUCCUUCCCUGCACAUGAGCUUCGCGGCAUCGCCAGGCCCCGGGGGAGGGUUGAAGUCACCAAGGGAUCGCCCACAUAAGCUUUUCAAGGCAUACGAAGAUGCGGCGGAGGAGGUCGAGAGCGGAAGGGCCGGAAGAAGUGGGUAUGAGAACGACGAGCAUUCUGGGUUUCGGAUUACAGGGGAUGGAGAGUUAGCAGGAAACGAGGAGCUCGAGGAAGAGAAUGAGCUCCUGCGGCGCAGCUUGGCGGGGAUGGCGGCUCAGAACGAGCAGAUCCGGGCGGUGGUGCACCAUAUGCGGGGCGAAAUGGAAGAGCUACAGAAGAGGGCAGUGGUCGCCAUGACGCCGCGAACGGGACCCGCACGGACGGAGGGCGCCCGAAAUGAGGAGGAGUCUCUGGGUGUUGCGGCUGGGGGCGGAACAAAGGCUGGAUCUGAACCGCAGGGCUCGGCCGGGUUAGGCAACCAUAUGACGGGAGCCGGGGGAGGUUCUGUUGCUGACGUGGCAGGUGUAACGUCGAUAGAGGGCCAGGGGGGAAACCACGGAGAAAGUGCUGGCGGGGGCGGUGUGAACACGCCCGAGGUGGAGCAGCUCCGGUAUGAGCUGGGCACGGUGCAGCAGCGGCUGGCGCAGAUGAGCGCCCGGUUGGAGCCUGUUCUCACCACUGUGCAAAGCCUGCAGCACCCUGGUGUGAAUGAGCCGCCACCCGGACUCUUUCCACUGUAUGCGCCUGCACACCUCCCAAGGAUUGGGCCCGGGCCCGAGCGCGGGCAAAGUGCACCAAGUUCAGGCGCGGGGCGAAGUGGGUUUGGGCAGGGUUAUGAGGGUUUAGGUAUGGGUCAUGCGCCGCCGGGCGAGCAACUGUCUUUAGCGCUAGAAGAAGUGCGGCGGCUGGGUGAGGAGAGGGACCGUCUGAUGGAGCUCAGUAACGCCCUGCGAGCGGAUUUGAAGAAACGGACGGCCGCUAACCCCUCUGUGAACCUUCCUAACCCAGUUGUGGCGGACCCAAAACCCGAACUUCCUGCGCCCUUCGUAAGACCGCCUGUUGGGCAGAGGUCGGUGCCGCUUGUUACCACGAGGCCUCUCACGGCUCAGACGAAUGCCGUACGAGAGGCGCAAGGGAAGCCCACCGAGGGGGUGAGGUCAGCGGCCGUCAGCAAAGGGGGCGCCAUGCCGCCUGCCGGGGCUCCGUUUGUAGUGGCGGGGGUUCAAGCACCAAGGCCGACGAUUGUGGAGAUCAUUCACAAGGGCACCGCCAGCCAGCGCGCCAAGCUGAAAGCCGUCCAGCAGCGACGGCAGGCGGAGCCGCCCCAGGUCCGCAACUACAACGUCCGAGAUGACAGGGAACCGGCCUGAGUACUCGUGUUCAGCCCUGAACAGCACCGCUUUCCAAGCCGCCGCCUGCAAUGGCAAACCUGCGAAUAGCCGGCGCACUGAGGGUUUAGGGCAGCUUGUGGUGCAAACAAAGGUCUGGGUUACGCUUCUCAGAGCCGCCGGACAGCCAUCAAGGCCCCAUCCACGCAAGGCUUGUCUAUGACAGACUACCGCUAGUGUAAAAGCUGGCGCUUUUCCUGGUGCGAAAGUGCACAGACUCCGGUCGCUUGAUUAUGCCAAGUGCAAAUACUUGCACGGCGAUGCCCUUGCAAGGCUUUCAUUAAAGCUGGCGCUAACCGAUUGAUAGGACAGAAGUUGUUCCCAAGGAGAAAGCUGACAGAUCAGGUUGCACCAGAUAUAAGUUUUCUUUGAACAGAGUAAGACCGUCCGGCAAAGCUUAUGCCAGCGGUGCGUGAACGAGGUACUACAUCAAACUCUCCUUUUAAGUUCCGAAAUGGACCGAUGGGAAAGGGGACGAACUAUUUGUGCAGAUAGGCUCAUGUUUACACGUACAAGUAAUCCCAUGA